AUGAAAGAUAUGGGACUACCAAAAGGUUAUUGUGGUAAUAUCAUUUUAUAUGCAACUUGUUUAGAAAAGGCAGGAGAUAUCAAGUGCAAACCAUUAAGUUACACCGCGAGUAAAAUUCACGAGGCAAUUAAAAAAUUUGAUGACAUUGAAUAUAUAAAGUCAACCAUUGAUUAUUUGGAAUCACUUCCUAAUGUAAUGGAUAUUGUUCGAGGGUCACAAACAACUACAUGUCCUAAUUUCACAAUAAAUUCUUGGGCUAGUUUGCCUUUAUAUGAAGGUGAUUUUGGAUGGGGUGGACCCAUGUUUACGGGCAUUAAUGCAAUCAAGUAUGAAGGCCAAUCUUACAUUACACCAAGCUCAAUUAGGGAUGGUAGUUUUUCAGUCACCCUCAAGCUUUUCUCCACUCAUAUGGAGGCUUUUCAGGAGUACUUCUACAACAUUAUUAGUAGCAAAUUUUGA